AUGCAAUUCGCCACAUUCAUUGCCCUAUGUCUCCCAAUUUUCAUCUGCCAACUGGUAGAUAACACACAAGCGAUGGAGAGUGUUGUCUGGACAGGCCGCGCUCACGAUGCGGCAGACAGUUUCUUGGGACCAGAAAGGGCUUCCUCCAAAGUCGUUGCAGCGCUUGAUCAUGGAUCUUGGAUCCCUCCUGUCCCGGAUCAAUCUCCCCGCUUCAAGGUAUAUAUCGAAGAGUACCGCGAAGCAUAUAAGAAGCUUGAAGAACCCCUUCCAGCAUUAUUAACCACAGAAGAGCCAGAAAAUGCAGAUGUGAAAACACUCGGGCUGCACUAUGCUCAAGUCAACAUCAAUUUGGACGAUUUGGCCCAAGACGACCCACGCAAGCUGUUCAUCAGUCAUUUGCAGGCAGACGCCUGUCCAGAUGAAUACCCAACUCACUUUAUACAACUUGGGUUCAAAAAUAUCCUAGACAACCACGAUGCCAAGGAUGAACAAGUCAAGGAAUGGCUUACAGUUCUUGCUUAUAUUUUAGGCCUGUCUCAAUCUAAAUUCCUAGGCCCAGAGGCGCAAUCUAUGGUUAUAUCUGCCUUGUAUGGCCUCUACAGCCUUCGUUUGAAGUAUCAAAAACUCGACAGGAUUCUCGCUUAUUACAUCGAUGGAAUGACUUGGUAUGUUGAGCAUAUUCCCUUCAAACUGGGUCUAGCAUAUCCUGCAAGAUGGGAAAAAGAAAUUCUUCCGAACUAUAUGAAUUCAUUUGGAAAAGAUUUAGACGACUUAAAUACGUUCAAAAAAAUCAUUGAGAAUGAAACCCAGCUCAAGAAUGCAAUGUCUUCAUCCGAGGACAAAGAUUGGAACUCCCUCAGGGCCCUCUGUGCAAGUUUCGGCUCUCCAUCGGCGCAUAAGAGAAAAUUUGUGACCGCACUGAUCUUCUACAACAUGAGCGCAAUCUCAUUCAAACAAUUCGUGCCCGACUACAUCUUCUAA